GCGGCGCGGGGCUCGCCUGCCUCCCGCCCCAGCCUCAUGAACCCGCCGGACGGCUCCGCUCCGGCGGCGGCGGCGGCGACGGGAGCGCAGGCCGAGGAGAGCAACAGCAGUGGGCGAAGGAGCUGCUCCAGCAGGGAGUGUUUGAAGAGGAGCCCGCACAGCCCCAAGGCCGAGGGCUCCGACUCGGUGACGUCUCAGUCCUCCCGCAGUGAAGAGGCUGGAAUGAUGACUGAGGUGAAAGUGAAAACAGAGGUACCAGAUGACUACAUCGAAGAGGUGAUCUGGCAGGACGACACCAAAGAUUCCAAGAAGAACAUCAAGGAUGGGCCAGGAGAUGUGCCCGCCGAGAUCUGUGUGGUCAUAGGUGGGGUCCGCAACCAGCAGACGCUCGAUGGAAAAGCAGUGGAACGUGGCUCUCCCGUUGGAUAUACACGAAAUCGAUAUUCAGGGACCUGGAUUUUUGACCAUGCAUUGAGAUACACGUCCGGGUCUUACGAGUGUGGAAUAUGUGGGAAGAAAUACAAAUAUUACAACUGCUUCCAGACCCACGUGCGAGCACACAGAGACACUGAAGCUGCCUCAGGUGAAGGAGCCUCACAAGGCAACAAUUUUAGGUACACGUGUGACAUUUGUGGGAAAAAAUAUAAAUAUUAUAGCUGCUUUCAAGAACACAGAGACCUACAUGCUGUGGAUGUUUUUAGUGUGGAAGGGGCCCCAGAAAACCGGGCAGACCCCUAUGACCAGGCCGUCAUAGCAGCAGAUGAAGUGAAGGAGGAGGAGCCAGAGCCGUUCCAGAAGAUUGGGCCAAAAACUGGCAAUUACACCUGUGAAUUCUGUGGCAAGCAGUACAAAUACUACACUCCCUACCAGGAACAUGUGGCUCUGCAUGCACCUAUCAAGUUCUCUCGAUCUCCACUCUUCGUGGCAGUGAAGACCCAGGGGAGCCAAUCCAGCAAAAAGCCUCCAGCCUCCAUAAACCGAUGUUCCACGCUCCUGCACCGCAGCCCUUCUGCUGUCCCACCCGCCUCCCAGUCCCAGAUGUUCCGUGCUCCAAAUUCUGGAUCCUCAGGAAGCAAGGCCAUCACAGCAGAAAGUGCUUUCAGCAGGAGAGUGGAAGGCAAAGCUCAAAACAACUUUGAAGAAACAAACAGCAAUUCUCAGAACUCCAGUGCUGUUCAUUCGGGGACAGAAAAACCUAAAGAAAAGAGGUGUAAGCAGAACCAAGAAGCCGCAAGUCCCCUGAUUUCAAACCCCUUCCCGCUUUUACAAAAGCCUUACACCUGUGGAGCUUGUGGAAUCCAGUUCCAGUUUUAUAACAAUCUCCUGGAGCACAUGCAGUCCCACGCAGCUGACAACGAGAACAAUAUUGCCUCUAGCCAGCCCAGAUCACCUCUAGCUGUUGUUGAAGAGAAGUGGAAACCACAGCUCCAAAGAAACAAUGCCAACAACACAUCAGCCAGCGGGUCGGUGGGGAACAGCUCCAUCCCGGAGAAGGAGCGGCAGAACAUCGCCGAGCGGCUCCUCAGGGUGAUGUGCACCGACCUGGGGGCUCUCAGCGUGGUGAGCGGGAAGGAGUUCAUCAAGCUGGCCCAGACCUUGGUGGAUAGUGGAGCUCGUUAUGGUGCCUUCUCUGUCACCGAGAUCCUCGGCAACUUCAACACUCUGGCCCUGAAGCAUUUGCCACGGAUGUACAACCAGGUGAAGGUGAAAGUCACCUGCGCCCUGGGCAGCAACGCCUGCCUGGGCAUCGGCGUCACCUGCCACUCCCAGAGCGUCGGCCCCGAUUCCUGCUACAUCCUGACAGCUUACCAGGUGGAGGGCAACCACAUCAAGAGCUACGUCCUGGGAAUUAAGGGCGUAGACAUUCGGGAUAACGGUGACUUCAUCCACCACUGGGUGCAGAACGUGCUCUCGGAGUUCGUGAUGUCGGAGAUCAGGACGGUUUACGUCACGGACUGCAAAGUCAACUCCUCGGCCUUCUCCAAGGCGGGGAUGUGCCUGCGGUGUUCAGCCUGUGCCUUGAACUCGAUGGUGCAGAGCGUGCUGAACAAGCGAACGCUGCAGGCUCGCAAUAUGCACGAGGUGAUCGAGCUCCUGAAUGUCUGUGAAGAUCUGGCAGGCUCCACGGGCCUCUCAAAGGAGACUUUCGGCUCCCUGGAAGAGACCUCUCCCCCGCCCUGCUGGAACUCGGUCACCGACUCCCUCCUGCUCGUCCACGAGCGCUACGAGCAGAUCUGCGAGUUCUACAGCAGGGCCAAGAAGAUGAACCUCAUCCAAAACCUGAACAAACACCUGCUCAGCAACCUGGCAGCCAUUUUGGCUCCGGUGAAGCAGGCGGUGAUCGAGCUGAGCAACGAGAGCCGGCCCACCCUGCAGCUGGUACUGCCCACCUACGUCAAACUGGAGAAACUCUUCACUUCCAAAGCCAACGAUGCUGGUGUGGUCAGCAAGCUCUGCCACCUCUUCCUGGAGGCGCUGAAGGAGAAUUUCAAAGUCCACUCGGCACACAAGGUAGCCAUGAUCUUAGACCCUCAGCAGAAGCUGCGGCCCGUCCCGCCAUACCAGCACGAAGAGAUCAUCGGCAAGGUCUGCGAGUUGAUCAACGAAGUGAAAGAGUCCUGGGCAGAAGAAACAGAAUUUGAACCUUCAACCAAGAAGCCUCGGGCGGCAGGGGAAGCCACAGCAGCUCAGGAAGAAGAUUGGUUCGGGAAAAAUGAAGUCUAUGAUUAUUUGCAAGAACCUCUCUUCCAGGCCACCCCUGACCUGUUUCAGUACUGGUCGUGUGUUACCCAAAAGCAUACAAAACUAGCCAAGCUAGCCUUUUGGCUCCUAGCAGUGCCUGCUGUUGGUGCCAGAAGUGAAUGUGUAAAUAUGUGUGAGCAGGCUCUCUUAAUCAAAAGGAGACGGCUACUCAGUCCAGAAGACAUGAACAAACUCAUGUUUUUGAAGUCCAACAUGCUUUAAGACUGUCUUUUAAUUAAAAAGAAAACUUUAAAACACUGUUCCAAACAAAGAAAAAAAAGAAUUUUAAGUUCUAAACACUGUGGACCUCAUUAUGAAUGCCCCUGGAAACCAAGUGCUUUUUUAUAUAUAUAUAAAAAUAUAAAUAUAUAUAAAAUUAAGUUUGAAAGGAAAGCUGAGCACGUGAGAGAGACAGACAGCCCUCUGCCAGGCCCGUGCUCCUUUCUGUAGCUGGUGUGUGGACUUGACAGACUUUCUAAUGUUUUCAAGUGGGCAGACCAAUGGGAGGCUGAUGUUCUAAAGUCUUCAGGCAGCUGAGAUCUAAAGUGACUUGAAGUUUCUUUUGUUUCUCCUCCACCCCGCCUUUCCUCUUGUCCCCUGGGCCAUCUUGCCAUGGAUAAUCAGACUACAUUGAACACACCAGUUCUGCACUGGACUUUGCUCCUUUGAAUAACUGUACACCUUGAGGGCAUUUGUCUGCAGCCUCCUUGACAGACAGUGCAUGUUAUCAGGGCAGCUGUGUUUUAGCAACACCUUUAGAAAUCAGGAAGGGAGACUUUAAGGUUUUUUUUUAUUAUUUUUUUUUUAACUUUUUCAGAUACGUUUUUUCCAAAAAAAAAAAAAAAAAAAAAAAAAAAAAAGAAGCUGUUCUUCUGUCUCCACUCCCAGUUUUGAGUUUAAUAUGCUAUCUAGUGAUAAUAAGUUUGAUUUAAAACUAGGAGAAGUGGCUCAUGGCAGAAAAUGUCUGUAAUUGCUACAUUUCUUGGGAUUUAUUUUUUUACAGCAAAACUUUGUGAAUUCCCAGUGUUAAUUACCUUCCCCAUGAGCUUUGUACAUCAGGGGUUCUCAAACUUGUUCUGGUGUAACCCAUCCAUGGUUAAAUAACAUCCUUCUGCAAACCAUGGCAGUUGCUUAGAUGGAAAAGCUAAAAAACCCAGGAAAAGCAAAAAAAACCCAGGAAAAGCCAGCAAGUAGUGGCAGCAGAGGUGUCUGUGGGCCAGCAGCAAGCCUGCUGGAGUCUGCCCACUGCCACUGAGAACCCUUGGACCCAAACAUUUUUCUAAAGCAGUUUCUCAUUACCACACUCAAAGCGACCCUCAGAAGGCCAAGGACAAACCAAGGUGUAUGAUUUUUCAUGGGAACAAAGAUCAUCAAUCAGUUUUGUCAAAAGUGGGGUUUGAAGGAAGCUUAGAGAAGUGCAUGGACUCAAAGAUCCUUCUGAAUGUAAGUGCUCCUGAAUGAGUGCAAAGAAUAUCUUCCCAUUUUAUUUGGAAUGGUUUCCUCUAGUAACACGAAUGUCUUUUUAAUACCUACAGUGCAUUACACUACUUCUUAUGUUGCUGAAUCAUUCUGGCUAGGAAGUCCACGGGCCUUUAAACGUUCACACUUACUGGCUCACCCCAAAUGCAAUUAGAGAUCAUCAGAAACAUCUCAGUCACUCUGGUUUCCACCAGGCCAGUGCUCUGCUGUGUCCAGUGCCCCUAGACACAGUCUGUGGCUGCUGAACAGGAUCUCUGCAGGCUCUCAAGUUUGGUGCCUCUUGCUCAGUUCCUGACUCCUGGUGCCAAACUUAAUUUUUCAUCACUGGGACUUGUAGCCCAGAGGCAAAUUGAAGCAAAUUCUUACUUUUGGAGUCUCUCCUGCUUCCAGAUGUGCAGAGCCACCUUGGAGGCUUCAGGGGGUGGAGUGGCUCUGCUCCAGGCAGGAGGCUGAAGCCCUUUGGGCAGCACAGGGAUGGUUUCUGAUUGCUGAAGAUGUGGGGUGAGCCUGGAACCCUCUGCAGAGCUGCUGGGAACAGAUGUUAAACCAAGAUCCCUCCUGCCCAUCCCUGGUUGUAAUAGAAGUUGCAAGUCCUGAGACAGUCCCUCAGGCUUUUGUUUGCAGAUGCCUUGACCCUGGCAAGCACUCCCUGGCCCCUUCACUGCCAUGGGCUCAGCCAUGGGCAGGGUUUGCAUGAGAGAGACCUGUCCCAGGGCAGGGGUGCUGUGGGCAGCUCUUUGCACCCAGCUGUUUUCUCAGCUUGGAAGCAGAACCUGCUGUUAGCUUGAGUUUGGGUUGACCUCUCAGGACUUUUACUGGCAUCAGGGCAAAAUCAGUUGUCUCCUAAAUGUCAUUUUUGCUUAUGGCUACCUUAAAAGGCACAGUCUGCAGCCCCAGUGCCAGCACUUGCAGAGAGCUGCCAAGGCAGAGGCAGGUGGAGGUCUGAUUUCUCUGGCAGUGGCUUUUGCAAACGGAGGUGUUGGUUGUGGGGCCAACUUUUCUUCUUGUUGGUUUUGUUUCCUCUGGUACAAAUCCUGCCUGCCAGCCACCACUUGUGCCCAUGGCAACGGGUCUGUUUGCACUUGCAGUGCAGGAGAAAACCUGUAACAAGGAAUGACUGAGUCUACAAACAAAAAACCCAAGUGAGAUGUGUACCAACUGCAAAGCACUUGUGCUGUGCUGCUGUUCCCCCUGAAAAGCACAAGGGAUCCUGCAGCAAGAUGUGGCUGGAGGAUGAGUCCAAAGCAAGAUGAGCAGCUGAUGGGCACAACUGGGGGCAGGAUUUGUAGUUCUUUCUCCAAGUAGCAUGUUCCACCUUUGCCCUUGCUUCACUUGAGCCCCUGAGAGCUGCUCACAGCCCCUUUGAUGCUCAGGUGAAUGUGCAGCCCCCCUGCAGGCCUUGGAAAAGAAAGCUCCAAAAGAAAGCUCCCAGGCUUUGCUAGGGCACAGGUUGAUAAUUUCUGGGGGAUUUUCCAGCUCGAGCUCAUUGUGCUGUCUGUCUGCAAAACAUAAAGAGGAGGAGGGGUUGGAAUGAAGAGAUUUAGCACAGGCUGAAAGCUCUGGAUCUGAGAAUAAGGUAAAAUUAUGGAUAUUUUGUGCAGCCAGUUUGCAUAGAAUGAGCUGGACUCUGGCUGCACAAGCAGGGCAUGCAAACAGAAGACCACAAUCCCCUCUUUACUCCCAGCCUGUGUCCCCUUCCCCUUCUUACUGUGUGGUUUUGGCAUCAGAUCUGGAGCUUUCUUGCUGUGCCAGCUGAAGAGAGGGAUUGUCAUGACCUUCUCCCCAUCCCAGGAACCGUCCCCUCCAGGGUGACUUUGGUUAGAGUCCUGCUAAUGAUGGAUGUUAAACAACACUGUAUGGUAGGUGAAGUUGUCCCAAAGAUGUAAAACCUCAACUUAGCUGAAAAAGCAAAAUAAAACCUAAAGCCCUGAGGUGGAGCAAUCUGGAAAGCUGUUGAAAAGAGGAGCUGAUGGGGCAUCCUCCUCCUCCAGUGGGUCAGUGGAAGAAGCUGCAGCUUUUCAUGAGACUUAAACAUGGUCACAGGGUGUUCUGCUCAGAGGAGCUAUUUGUGCUGUGUCUGCUCACAAGCUGGUGUUGUCUGAGGUACUUAAUCCUUCUUUCAAAAGAAAGAAGCACAUCUGGAGCACACAGAUUUACCCUAAAUGCCAAGCUUUGGCUCCUCUUUAUUCUUCCCUCUUCAAGACUUGGAUUUGCAUUCUAGGGAGCAUAGGUCUGAAUUUUGGAAGCUUUAAUUUUCCAGAUUACUCCAACUCAAACUUUUCUAUGGUUCUAUUCAGUGUGGCAUCGAGCAGCACUUGUGGUGUUAAGGAGCAUCAUCUUGUGUUGGACAACUGGAGAGGAGGAACUCUCUCAAUUUGGCCAGAGCUCUCAUGAGUUCCAGCUCUCUUUGAGCUGGGAGAAGUCCUCAGAACAGGGAUCUUGCUUUGGUAGGUCCUGGUGGGAAUUUGGCUUCUGCUUGCUCGUUUCCUUUACUUGCACUUGAGAAAUGUGUUGGGAUACAGAAAUGCUGUAUGUGUCCUCCAGGUAUUUCAGUUGUUUCUGCUGCUUUGUGCCUGACCUUGCAGGCUCCUCCCUCUGAUCUCACAGUUUGGGAAGAGUUGUGAUCUUCAGGUGGGGAGCAAGCACCAGCAGAAGAUGAGCUGUAGAACAGAAGGGCCUUCCAGUGCUCUCUGAAGAUUCUUAUUACCAGAAAACUGAGAAAGUGGGCUAGGAAGGCAGAGCUCUUCAGAACAGAAGGUUGGUUCUGUGUGGGUUGGGCAGCCAGGGAGCACAGGGAGCAGAGAUUUGUCCCCUGUGUCACUUCUCCCCAUGUCUCUAGCUGUGGGCAGUGGUUGUGCUCUGCCUUGCAAGGUGUGUUUGGUGUCUCGCUCCUGGGUUGUUGUCAGUUGGGAGCAGACUUUUCUCUCUGUCAAAGCUGUAUUACGUCUGUUUUAAGGAAACCACGUUGGUUGUGUUGGAACGAGUGCUAUCUGAAAAACUUCCUGUGAAAGCCAACUGUGGGCUCAGGUUUUGUCUGGUUCAAUUGUCUGUUAAUUGCUGGCUAAACCAGUUUAACUCAGAAGUAAAUUGGUUUAAGCACCCAUGUGAACCACCUGCACUGGUUUAACUGUGCUUGCUGGGUGUUCUCCCCUGCUGACCAGAGAAUACAUCCAGAAGCAGCUCAGGGAGUCAUGACCCUUACAUGAAUUUUACAAACAAAAGUUGUGACAGAUGAUCUCAAAGCUUGGGAAUGACUGAAAAUAGAGGAAGGCACUUCUGAAAAUGGUUUGAGCUCGGAAUUGUGGUCUCUGAGUUAACACAGUAGUCAGUGAGCUGUCUCAGGUCAGUUGGUUGAUUAUUCUCCCAACUGCUGGCAAUAACACAGAAGGUUCAGUGUGAGAAGAAGGAACUGUGUGUGUCUGGCUUGUGGGUGAGUCUGCCCAGCCCUGCCCCAUCUGAGGGACCAUUUCCAUUCUCUGGGUCCCUCUGGGUCUCUGGGCCAGGAGGUUUUGGUGCAGGGUGACUGAGAUAUCAUGUCUGGGAGAAUGCUAUGGGUGCAGCACCAAGCUAGUGAGAAAUGAAAAGACAGGCAGAGAAAAACCAACAAGGUCUGGAAAGGCAAGGGAUUGUAGAGCUUGGUACUGAGGAGAGACCUGGGUCUCUUUAAUUGCAUUUCUAUGGCUGAAGGAGGUGGAGAGGAGCUCCUGGGAGCAUUCAGGGGGAGCAGAUGCAGCAGGGGACAAGUUGUUACUGAGACAGUAAUGAAAAGUAAUGGGAUAAAAAUUACCAAAAAGGCAGGUUCUGGGAAAUCUCAGAGGGGUGAAAUCUGGGGGGGAGUCUGUUAUGGAAAACUUUUUUGAGCCCUUUUGUUUCAAAGCAGGCUGCACAGCUCCCUGGAGCACACUCUGUAAGGCUCAAAGCUGCUUUGGACCCUGCCCAGAGCAGAGUUUGGGUGUAGAGGUGGGAAACUGCUGCCUGGGUGUUGAGUCCAGUCCUGCCCUAUAGGUCCAAGAGGCUUCACAGAUCUUCUUCUGCAUCCUGCCACUCACUACCCACACCAAAGCCUUCCCAAGACUCCAGUUUAUACAUUAAUCAGGUGUCUGAAGGAGGCAGGGGACUGACUGGCAGAAGGGGCAGAGGACAUAACACCAAUUGAGGAGCACCUCAUGUCAACCUCUGUGCUGCCAGGGUGAAGGAAUCAGUGUGGGGGAGAACCUGAACUGUUUUGCUGCUCCUGCUGUGCAUUUUCCUGGUGUGCUACAGCAUCACCAGAAUCCGUGGGAUCUGUUGGGAAUGCCCACUGGCUGACACUCAAGUUCUGUGUCACACCCUUCUGAAGAUGUCACCCUGAAGCAAUAAGAACUCCCUUCUCACCACGCGUGGGACCUGUCCCCAUGCCAUGGGUUAUCUGGGUUAUCUGUCAUCUUCCUGGGGCCUCUGGAAAUGUCACUGAACAGAAAAAUAAUAAAAAUAGAGCGAGGUAAAGCCCAGCACAGCUCCACGUGGAUGCCUCAGUACUGAGGGGUAGUUUGCUAGGCCAGAAAUGGUAAACCAAUGAGAGUGUAUUGCCCUGAAAUUUAAUUUUAUGUGUUGAAUGUCUGGGGUGUUUUAUGUUUAAUUUUGGGUUCUGUUUGGCUGGCUAGUUGGGUUUUUUUACUACUCCCAUGAAAGUCCUUUGUUUUUCACCUCGACAGAGGAGUUCUGCUCACACGAGGCGAUGGUGCAUCCAGCAGAGCCCUUAGGAUUUAAUGAGGCAGCUGAGUGACUUUUUUAGACUUAACUUCUCAAAUGGGUCCCAUAAGUGGCUCAUUGACCCCCAGCAUCAACCACUGGCAGAAAGGAUUUUCUUCCCUGCCCCCGUGGGUGCCUCAGUGGCAGAGGGACCCAGGGGACAGCACGGCCUUAGCAGGGGGAGUGUUGUGCAGUGGAGCUGCUGAGCACGGGCACCUCAGCCCCUUGCUUUUUUACAACCAAAGUUCCUUAACAAGACACUUCCAGCCUCAGCAGCCUUGAGUGCUUGUUCUCAGUCAUCUGGGGGUUCUUCUGGUGGUCUCUGCACUGUUAUGUGGACAGGACAGGGUGUUUUUAUCCCCUUGGGCUGGGGGGGAGUGGGGAGGGGGGAAUAAUUUAUUUGUUUUUUCUUGCUACCUGUGCAGAAGGACCUUUCCACUCAAGGAGAGAAGCAUGUUUGUAUUCUGGAAGGAGCCACAGUAUUAGGAGCUGUUUUCCAUGGUCCCUUUAAACUUACUGGGACUUUAAUUUUUUUUUAUUAUUAUUUUUUUUAAUUAUUUAAAAGGAAAACUGAGAAGGGAUGAACUGAACCAUUGUGACAGGUGCCUAGCCAAGGCUGUCAGGACAGGAGGAACACACAUUGUCCAAACCCUGAGGAUUCUGGUCCACCUUGUGGCUAGAAAGUGUCCUGGUGACAAACCAAACCAUCAGGAAAUCCUUGUUUGCAGUCACUCUGAGAAGAGAAGCUGGUCCUUGUUGGUACCUUUGGGUUUUGUUGGUUUUGUUUUUUUUUUUUGAAACCUCCUGCUGGGAGCUGAGUUCUUGUUUCAUCAAGCAAACAAUUAAUGGUCUCCUUUCCCUCCUUCCCUUCCCCUGGGUAACACGUGUGCAUUUCCUUCCUUUCUGUAGAUGCAGAUGUUCUAGGCAAUACCACAGAUGCACCUGUGUGUGUCUCUACCUGCGAGUGCAAGGAUCUCAUGUCAUCUUAAAAAAAUACAAAAAAAAAAAAAUAUACAAAAAAAAAAUAUACAAAAAAUAUCUUUUUUAGGCCAGAGUUUUCUACAGGUAUUAAUGAAUAUUUUUCUUAAUCCUUAUAAGUUUUAUGUGUUUAAUAUUUCUUAAUACCGGUAGCAUUAAUUUAUACUUUUGUAGCAACACAAUAUUUUUAUAAACCGCCACCGCUGGCUUUGUCUUCAUAAUGAGGAAAAGUGGGGGCAGCUGGCCCUGCACUGUACCAUGUACUGUAUUUAAAAGGUUAUCUAAUGUCACACUUGCUGUGUUAAUAAACAAAACAAAACCU